UAUGCACACAUGGCAUAUCUAGGGGAAGUUUUAAAAGAUUUGUCUUUAAUUGUUUACGCAAAACGAUGUACGAUAAAUAAGUGUUGAGCACUUCAACUUGAUAAAGAUUUCCAGCAUAGUGCUGGUAUAAAAGGCCGAGGUUUUCCCAGUUGUAGCAUCCACUUUCUUGGAGGACUUUCACCAAACAACAUCAAAAUGCUGCAAGGAUCUGCUGUUAUCUACCUAGGGUUGUUGGCUUUCAUUGCAAUUGUUAAUGGUCAAGUAAACAAUAAUCUUGUGCCCAUACCAGCCGAACACUCUAUACAAUGCCCACCGUUCGACGAUCCCAACCAUUAUGUGAUGUUGCCAUAUCCCAACGACUGUCGCAAGUAUUACGUAUGCCAAAAAGGACGAGCCUUUGAGCAACAGUGUCCUCCGAAUUUGUUCUGGAGCCAGAUGACCUACCGCUGUGACUACAAGGAGUACUCCAACUGCAACUCGGACAAUCCAAGACCUAAUCAGGAUGUUGGGGUGAUAUUCAGUGCAUAUCCCGGAGACUGCAGUCGAUUCUACGAGACACGUAUCCUUCGCUGUGAGCAAAACUUCGAGUGGAGUUCAGUGUACCAGAGCUGCGUACCCCCACUGAAUGGGGAUUGCCAGAAGUUUCCUGUAGCCUCGCCCCCCGUAUACCCCUUUACCCCAUUGCCUCCCUUGCCAACUACACCAACCGUGCUCCCCUAUGAUCCCAUGCCCACCGCUGCUACUCCACCGGCCAUAACUCCAACGGAAUCUAACUUACUGCCAAUUGAUGUGCAACCGCUGUGCAAUAUUAGUCCUCCCAAUUCGUACAUUCCUUAUCCGGGCGAGUGCAACAAGUUCAUCCAUUGCGGACCAAUAGCCACCAUUCUCACAUGCCCAGAUUCCCUGAAGUGGAAUCCUGGCCAACGUGCCUGCACCAUUUCCAGCGAUGGGUGCCAGUACUAGAAACCAGAGCUCCUAAGCCCGAGCUUCACACAAUCAAACAGAUGGCAUGAAGUCGCAACGUUUUAAUAAUUACUUUUACAAAAGCAUACAAUAAACAAAAUUUUGAUUACAAUUCUGUAA